AUGGGGUGGAGGCAUCUCCUCUUGCUUCUACCAUUUGUUUUGUAUGUCCUGACACUACUUCUGACCACCCAGGCAGCUGGGCCCCCACGGACGCCCAAGGGCAACCGGACACAGGGGGCAGGAGCCUCCCGGAGACCUUACAAGCCAGCCAAGGAGCAACUGAACCAGUCCCUAACCAGCACGGCCCCUUCUUCUGUGCAAGCUGGUGGCGGAGGAAGCCAUGGACGCAGUCCUGGUGUAGGGCCAGCAAAAGUGCCCUCCAGCAGCAGCAGCAGCAGCAGCAGCAGUGCAGGCAUUUCCAGCCCAGCGUAUGAGACAUGCAUGGGUUACUAUGAUGUGAGUGGGCAGUGGGACAAAGAGUUUGAGUGCAACAAUACUCAGCAGGAUUUUCGCUACUGUUGUGGCACCUGCUCUUUCCGCUUCUGCUGCAACAAGCGCUCUAAGAAGCUCAAUCAGGAAAAGUGCCGAAAUCAGGACCCCCAUCCUAGCACAUAUCCUAUGACCCCUGCCACCAAUAAUAAUGGACCUGGAGAUACCAAUGGGUAUGACCCUAAUGAGGACAACACAAAUGCCACCGUCUACAUUUCAUGUGGGGCCAUUGCCUUUGUUGUCAUUGCUGGCAUUUUUGCUAAGGUGGCAUACGACAAAGCACGACAACCACCACAGGAAAUGAACAUCCACAGGGCUCUGGCCGAUAUCCUCCGGCAGCAGGGACCAAUCCCCAUAGCACACUGUGAAAGAGAGACUAUCUCGGCUAUAGAUACCUCCCCCAAAGACAACACACCCAUCCGAACAUCUUCGAAAAACCACUAUACGCCAGUGCGCACCUCUAAGACCAACCCAGGUCAUUAUGGAAAGGAUAUUUAUCGAAGUGGAGGUCCAGAUUUCCAUAAUUUCAUCUCUUCUGGGUUUGUCACAUUAGGAAGAGGACACAACAAGGAUGACCAAGAGCAAAAUUAUAACCACCUGCUAUUAAGUACUGCAAACCAGACACCGUCACAUGAAAAACCACGGAUGAACAGUAUCCUCACCUCUGCUACAGAGCCCUAUGAUUUGUCCUUCUCCAGAUCUUUCCAGAACCUCUCGCACCUCCCUCCAUCGUAUGAAUCUGCAAUUAAGACUAAUCCAAGUAAAUAUUCUUCUCUGAAGAGAUUAACUGACAAGGAUGCAGAGGACUAUUACUCUCGAAAGAGGCACCUUCCAGACUUAGCAGCAAGGGGGACCCUCCCUCUCAACGUCAUCCAGUUAUCCCAGAAACAAGUCAGCCAAAGGGACCGGCCACGCCGUGUAAUGCGGGCCAUGUCCCAGGACCGGGUGUUGUCCCCAGAGAGAAUCAUGCCUGAGGACUUCAGUAUGUCUUAUGAGCAUAUCCUCUCAGAUGAACAACUGUUGUCUACUGAGCGUCUUCAUUCCCAAGACCCUCUGCUUUCUCCAGAACACUCAGGUUUUGGAGAGCAGUCCAUGUCACGAGCCUUGUCCCACUCAGAUGUCUUUGUUUCAACGCCUGUCUUGGAUCGCUACCGGAUGACUAAGAUGCACUCCCAUCCCAGUGCCUCAAAUAACUUGUACAACACCUUGAGUAUGAACCAAACCUCAGCCAAGCGCCAAGCAUUUGCCUCCCGGCGACACAACACAGUGGAGCAGCUGCACUAUAUCCCAGGACACCACCACCAUUACCGCACAGCCAGCAAGACAGAGGUGACUGUUUGA